CUGCUUCUUACCUACUGCUCCCCACCACUCCCUUCGCUCACUCACAUCCUUCACCCGUCGCAAUGGCAGACAACAAGCGCAGCCGUGUUUUCUUCGACAUCAAGGUCGGCAAGCAGGAUGCCGGCCGCAUCUGCUUCGAGCUGUACAAUGACAUCGUUCCCAAGACGGCCGACAACUUCCGCGCCCUGUGCACCGGCGAAAAGGGCACGGCCAAGGCGGGCGUGCCGCUGCACUACAAGGGCUCGGGCUUCCACCGCGUCAUCAAGCAGUUCAUGAUCCAGGGCGGCGACUUCACGGCCGGCAACGGCACCGGCGGCGAGAGCAUCUACGGCGAGAAGUUUGAGGACGAGAACUUUGCCCUCAAGCACGAGAAGCCCUUCCUGCUGUCCAUGGCCAACGCGGGCCCCGGCACCAACGGCUCGCAGUUCUUCGUCACGACGGUCCCCACGCCGCACCUGGACGGCAAGCACGUCGUGUUUGGCGAGGUCCUCAACGGCAAGUCGAUCGUGCGCCACAUCGAGAACCUGCCUACGGGCGGCCAGGACCGUCCGGUCGAGGGCAGCUACCCCGUCAUUGUUGACUGCGGCGAGCUCACGGGCGACGCCUACGACAAGUGCACCGAAAAGACGCCCGACAGCACCGGAGACCCGUACGAAGACUACCCCGAAGACCAGUCGGACACGCUCACUGCGCCGGAGAUUCUGCAGAUCGCGACCGCGCUCAAGGACAUGGGCAACGCGGCGUUCAAGGCAGGCGAUGCGCGCCUCGGCCUCUCCAAAUACCAAAAGGGCCUGCGCUACUUGAACGAGAACCCGGAAAUCAGCGACGACGAGGCCAAGGCGCACCCGGAGCUGGCCAAGCAGCUGCAGGCCCUCCGCUUCACGCUGUACAACAACAGCGCGUUGCUGGAGAACAAGACGGGCGCGCCGGACGCUGCCGCCGCCAGCGCCACAAAGGCUCUCGAGGUCCCGGGCGUGGGCGACGCGGACCGCGCCAAGGCGCUGUUCCGGCGCGGGCAGGCGCGCGAGGCGCGCAGAAACGAGGACGACGCCAUUGCGGAUUACGAGGAGGCGCAGCGGCUGCUGCCGGGGGAUAAGGCGGUGGCCGCGGCGCUGGUGGCCGCGAAGAAGAAGCUCGCCGAGUUUAGGCGGAAGGAAAAGGCGGCUUAUGCGAAGUUCUUUGAGUAGGGGGUGGGGGUUGCAGAUUGUUGAUCGGGCUAGAUGGUUGGGUGGAUGAAUGGGUGGAUCGGGGGUCUGGCUGGCGUUUGCUUUGGUUGGGUGGGUGGAUGCGGGUUGGUGUGGAUUGAUGGGAUGGUGUUGCGGGCAGGGAAGCGGGAAGGGAUGGAUAGAUGGAUGGAUGGGUUAGUGGGUGGGUGGAUGGAUGGAUGGAGGACAUGGGUUGCACAUGCAAUUGCAGAUGCAUUCGGCUGCGUGAGUAGUCAGUAGAUGCAUACUCUUACCUCUACUCAUACUCAACUCCCACGCCUUCUAGAUAGAUAGAUAGUCCCCCAUAAAACACACACAUAACACAACACAUAACGACAGAUUGAUUCCUUCAGCUCCAUCCUCCUCC